AUGGGUCUAUUAAGUAGAAGAAGAAAGCAACCAAGAAUUGUCAAAAAGAAGAAGGUUAAUGGUCCAAAGAAGAUAAGUUUAAACCAACUUGAUCCAAAUAUUAGAAGACAUUGGGACAAAAAGAAGUCUGUUUAGGAGAAUUUCUAGCAUAUGGGUCUUACAUACAACUUAAAUCCAAACUUGAAAUAUACUGAUGAUGGGAAAAAACUUUUAAUAGAUAGCUAAUAGCAGUGGAAUAAGCUAGUUUAGGAUAAAUAGAAGAGAUUGAAGAAAGAAGCUGGUUUGAAGGAUGAAGAGAUCAAAAGCGAAGAUGAAGAAGUAGAUGUAAUUGAAGAGGACUCAUAUGAUGAGAAUAAUGAUUACUUUAAGGACGAGAAUGACUUGAAUAAGUAUGAUUUGAAAUAGUUGAGGAAAAAGCCAAAGCUGACUGAGCUUUUCGAUUUACAAUCGGCAAAAGAAUUCAAGAAAACUGGCAAGAAACUAAGUUCAGAUGAUGCUUCAAUGAUGAAAUAGCUUAUCAAUAAAUACGGAGAUGAUUUUAAGAAAAUGUUCAAAGACAUAAAACUUAACUUCAUGCAAUAUUCAAAGGGUCAACUAAAAGAGAAAUAUAGAACUUACUAGUAAUUUAUUUAAUAGGCCAAUGAUAAGAAGAAAAAUUGA